UUGGACGCCUUUCAUUAUCAGACACGCUGCCAAGCCCGGUUGUGUGUUUGAACCUCUUGUGCGCUGGUGAUGAAUCAGAAUAAUCAUCAUAAUCACCACCACCACCAAUCAGCCUGCUAUCGUGAUUAGACUCAAUAAUCACCGGCCGUCCCAGACUAUUUUGUUUGUUGCCGGAGCUGAUACUCAGUGGACGUACACAGAGAGACGGAGACAGACAGACAGAAAGCCGCGUUUCAUUUCACGAGCAAAGAGGACGAGGGAAAGAGUUUCAGCGGCGCCUGUGAAGGAUUCGAAGGCAACGAAGGGCUCAGGGAAAAGCCCUCGAGACGAAGACGACGAUGAUGAUGAUGGUGGUGAUGAUGAUGAUGGUGGCCGACGCACGCGGUCUUCUGCUGCUCCUCGGACUGACCGCCGUGCACUCCUUCGCCGCAGGUGGCACUUUCUUUGUUUCUGUGGAAGACACCUUGUCUGCAGAACUUGGUCGUGACUUGAAAAUCCCGUGUACAACAGAUGCUGAUUUAAUGAAAUUGGCUGUUCAGUGGUACAUUGUCAAACCUGAGGGAAGGACGAGGGUGUACUUCAAGAAAGCAGAAGUGAAGUUUCCUUCUGACGAUCCUCUAUACAAGGGUCGGCUCUCAAUUGUUGACGGCGUCUCACUUGUUGUGAAGAACGUGUCUCUGGUUGACCAGCGGGAAUUCAUUUGCAGCAUCACCUUGGGCGCCACGGAGGCGAAGUCAACCCACGUUAACGUCUACGCAAAUCCUCGCCUGGAAUUGUCUCCAAGUACAGAGCCACUUAUCGUUAACAACGAAUUUCAAAACGUCGCAGUCUGUGUUGCUGAAGAUGGAUAUCCUGAGCCCAAGAUUGUUUGGUUUAAAAACUCGAAUCCAAUCAACGAAGAUGUGGAGGUCGAGCCCGAGGUGAAGAAGAACAAUCAAGGUCUCUUCACAGUGAGCUCUGUGCUGAGGAUCCGACCCCAGAAGACUGACAUGGGCAGCUUGAUCCACUGCUCUGUCACGACCGUUGAUGGAACCACUGAAAUAGAGACUCCGCCAGCAACGACGGUCACAGUUCACUAUCCUCCCGAAGCUGUAAGCCUCGAGGUGUUUCCGAACUUCAUCAAGGAGGGAGACACCGUCACGCUGACCUGCGUCACUGAUGCUUUCCCACCUCCCACUUACACCUUUUUCAAGGGGUCAACUCGAGUUGCCGCAGCGUGUAAUAACAACACGUGCAAGAUUCCGUACAUCAAUCGGCAUCAGGGCGGAGUCUACAAGUGCGAGGCGCAUUACACAGCCUCACCCAUGCAGACCACAGCCAAGGCAGAGCGCCAGAUAAACGUGCAUUAUAUUGAGAGACUCCGAAUAAUGGGCAUUCCCGAUGGGGAAGUCAACGCAGGGGAUAACAUCACGAUGACGUGCAGCGCAAGCUCAUCUGGGAAUAUGACCUACCAUUGGAAUAAGGAUGGCGAACGAAAAGAAGACGGCAGCGUUCUCACUCGCCUCCACGUGUCUUCAUACGAUUCUGGGUCGUACACGUGUGUUGCUCAAUUGGCUGAAGGCUCGAUGUCUGUGGACAAAACAGUGACCAUCACCGUGAAGGGUUUAGAGAUGUGGAUCAUUAUAGCAUGUGGUGCUGCUGCUGCUGUCGUCGUAUUAAUAAUACCAUUAAGCAUUGUGCUUAUUUGCAAAAAAAACAAACGGGGUGAGAUGACCGUAAACGAAGACCGCAACGACACCGUGCCAGAAGAGAUUCCAUUGACAGAUGUUGAAAAUAGGACAGAAGAGAAGAAUUCCACGGCUGACGCUGAAAUCGCAGCAGGUAAACCUGGUACGUAACUAUGUCAUCAUCAAUACAUGACAGGUCGUGCUCAACUCAAAGCCACAAUGACGAUCAGCAAAGGAAUAUCUUCAAAACAACACACCUCAACCUCAAGUUUGGAUCUCGUCUGAUAGCUCAGCCAUUGUGUGCUUGACUUACACUGCUGAUUUGUGCCAGGUUCCAUUCCCACUGUUGCCUGGCCCAUAGCAUUGGGGCAACAUCAUUUCCUGCCUAGAGGCCAUGGAUGGCCACUGACAAUGUCGACUAAAUAUUUGCACUGAACGAUGCAUGUCUGCGGACGGGAAAACAUUAAUAUAUACGACAAAUUCACAUUCGAGUCUGUUAAGCAUGUGCUGCAGCUGAAUUGUGUUGGCGAUAAUGUAUGCAUUUAUUGCCAAUAUGCAAACUGUGCCACUGGAGUUGAGGACUGAGAUGAGGAAAAAUGCCCAUCUGCAACGCCCAACAGUCGGAAGAGAAUCAAGUGAUACGCCAUAGAAGGCACUGGGGGAUGACACAACAGAACUACUUCAAGUUUAUCUCUACAGCAGACCUUUCGUCACCAUUAACAGCCAAUAUCGAUGCACUGCUGGACGAAGGCAUCCCCCAAGCUCUCACCAUUCCUCAGAGUCUUGAUGAACCCAACACUAAAACAAAUAACUACAUGCAUAUUAAUUAUCGUUGUUUGUGCACCACGAUUUCUUGCCUUACAUGGUUCAUCCAUUUACAAAUGUCGAUCUUUACAUGUGAGCUGGGAUAAUAAUCUGUUAAUUCUUGGGGGGGCAAUUUAGUGCCACAGUGAGCACAUUGAUGGCCUCUCUGGGCAAUUGCGGUGGCAUGAUUCAGGUCCCUCUGGAUCUCAGUGUGGCUGGUCUUAAAUUUGUAACUGUAGGGGAAGCAUGGAAAGCUGUAGCUUUAAUCUCAUUGUCCCUACAGAAAUCACCUUAAUGUAUUUAAUUGGCAUGCGAGCUACUGGAAUCGGUUAUAGAGAGAAGCUGUAUGCCUGAGCCCUCCUGACAGUGAACUAAACCCAUCCAGAAAAUGGCUCCAGACUUGAGACAUCACAUGACUCAAUUUAACCUCCAGGUGCUGCCCUCUAUCUGCACAGACAGACAAAGAUCCCCUGUAUAGCCUCAACAGACUGUUGGGGCAAAUGCUGUAGGCAAGCACCUAUAAAGGCUGGCAUGGCACACGAGAGUGUUGGACGACAGCACCACAGGCUAUUUGCACGUGCAUUUAAGUGCUGUACUUCUGAAAUGCUGGUUUUUACACACUGCUGUGAUUUAACUGGCUGAUUUGAUUGGCAUAACUGCACAUAAAAGUCAGGCUUUGAACUAGGGUUUUAAGAGAUGUUCGCUUGACAUCCCUUGGAACAGUUGCCGAGCCACCCGGCCAUAUGUAACUUCUCAUUUUGAGGUGUCGCUGGUUAGGAAGUCACCAGGAAAAGUGCUUUUGCAUGUGUUAUUCAGCUACAUGUGUUAUUCAGCUAGAUGCCUGACAUUUCACUGGCUUUGCUUGGAGAAUCUUCAGGAACUGAAUAUUGAAAACACUGGAGCUAUACAGCACAAAUCAAAAACAAUCUACGUAAUGUGUGUGCAUAAUUGCAGCUUGGUUAGUCUGUAAACCUGCAUAAAUUUUUGUUGAAGUUUGUGUCCAAGUAGAAAGUGUGUGUGUACAUAUUUACAUUUUUAAUAUUACCACUCAGUAUUGCUGUACUUUCCAAUAAGUUGUGGUUGUGCAUCAGCGUUGAGUCAUGAAUGGUGAGAAGAUGUCUGUAACUGAUUACACGGUAAGAGAAAUUGGGUUGCACAAUAGGGGAAGUUGUGUCUUGAAGACUGGCCAGCCGUUUGCCUUCUGCAUCCCUCGAUAUACAGAACAGUUUCCUGCAAAGUUGUCUCUAAAGCGAGAUUCCACAAAUCGCAUUCUAUUUUCUCAUUAACUUUAAAUUGUAAUUGGAGAUGCGUUACUAACAGAAAAAAAUUGGGCCCAAAGACAACGUAAAAUCUCACUUAAGAAUGCAGCAAACCUUUGCCAGAAGCUGGUGAUUGCCGUGUUAGGAGGAAAUUGCUGUUUGUUUAAUUUUUUUCUAUAACUUGUAAUUAAUGGCCUUUUUCCAGACAUCUGGACUUGCACCGAAGAACGUUUAAAAAAGAAAUGGUUAAAUCCUGUCCAGUGAGUACAGCACUGGGCGUGAUCGACACAUCGGAAAAACGAGGCGAGCUUGAGCGACGCGAAUAAUGCCGGAAACCAGUAGAGGUGUAAAACAAGUGUGCCUCGUGCAACACUAUCUGCAGCAGCAGUAGCAAGUCGUGCGCUCAGGACAAACGCCAGACCGUGCAUUGGUCGACCCCCCCCCAUUAAAAAAAAAUUAAGAGAUAAAAAAUUCCGUAAAUGUGAAUAUUUUCGUAACUGUAUAUCAAAUUUGUUGCGCAAUGUAUAAGUUGCGUUACAGCGAAAUUCCUCACGGCCGCAUCGAGGUGCUGAAUAAGCGAGGGAUGGCUCCUGUUCAGACGACGGAUGGGCGUUAUGACCCACAACAUUGCUGGUGAAAAUGUCCAUGUUAUUUAUUACCAUAAACCUCUUUCAUCGUAUAUAAAAUGACCGAUUCAUAUUUGUAAAUAAUGAAGGUGCGUAUGCACGGGGUUUGUGGUUGGACUUGUGUAAGUGCUGUUUCAUUCGGCUGCAUGCAUCAGCAGAUUUUGUGAAACUAAUUUAGCUACAUUGUUUUGAAUGAUAGUUUUGCUUGCAUAGGAAGUCGUUUGCUUUUAAUGCAUGGCUUGGUUAAUCAAAUAAUACCAACUUGCUGUAUUAAGAAAUCAUACGUGACAUAAUAUCGAAGAUGAUAGUGAUCCAUAGGUGGGUACUGGGGAUUGACAUGGCAUCUAGCAGCCGACUGGUAAAGGACUGCUAUGAAAUACACCAGGACUCCAAAAAUCUUCAUUGAUAUUUGGGGACCAUAUCGUGGAUCAUGUAAUCCGUGGAGCACCCGGGGAGGUUAAUCCUGAAAUCCAUGAAAUAUUUCGCGCUGGCACAGUGUGCUACAGAUUACGCGGGUAAAGUGCUGCGAGCGACUCCGUUAAGCCACAUAAAAUGUGUGAUGAUCGGGGAAGAACGGCACGUGACUAACGACUCCAUCCUAUAUACAUUUGUGAAUUAUAGUAGAUAUUUAUUUUUUUACCUACGAUGGUAAAUCUGCCAUAUUGGUCUAUGAUAUAACAAUUAUAAUUGAAAUUAAAUUAUAAAAAAAAUCUGUGCAAUGCACCGAAGUUUAUAUUUUUGCAGCUCCGUUUGGUUCUACAGAUCUUGUGUCUGCAGAUCAACUUGAGCCACUGCAGAUGCGUUGUCUCUGCAGCUCUGAUUGUCUCUGCAGAUCUCUUUGUGCCACUGCAGAUGCGUUGUCUCUGCAGCUCUGAUUGUCUCUGCAGAUCUCUUUGUGCCACUGCAGAUGCGUUGUCUUGGCAGCUCUGAUUGUCUCUGCAGGUUCACAUCUCACAAAUAAAUCACUGGAGAGAGAGGCAUCUUUGCAUUACGCAGAGAGACUUGGUUGAGUGAUUGGAUUAGAAGCCAAGGGAAUGGCUGCUUUAUGGAAGUGGUCACGGACCACAGGUAAUCCACGAAUUACAAGGAUUCGUAAAUUUGUUUAGAUUUGCUGUACAUCGCUGCGUCAUUGUUUUAUUUACAUUAAUAUCGAAUUUCUUAGGAAUGGUCAGCAAAAUAAAAUGUCCGAUAAAGUAAGGUUUCGUUUGUAUAUGUAGUUGUGCGUUUUAUUUGAAAGUUGUGUUUUUGCCUUUGUAAUGUUGCACUUAUAUAAAUAUUAAAACUAUGUGUUCA